UAACGACAAAUAUGGAGGUGUCUCCAUUCAGCUUCACACUGGAGAGAUACUGGACGGAGGAGAAAGAGAGGGCACUCAUAGCGUUUUUCUCCAGUAAGUCAACUUUGCAACAGCAACUUUUUAGUCCAUGGUUAAACUGUUUUAAAAGUUGCUGUUUUCAUCGGUGUUUUGUCGGAAGCUGCAACAUUUGCUGGCAACCGUUGCUCGAUGAGACCGACGGCUGUUAGCAAUGAGCGACACGGACAGAUAACAGCAAUGGCGACUAGCAACUGAAGUCAAGUUGGCUGUUACUCUUCCAAAAUACAGCAACGACGGCUUCUUUGUCUCUCUUUAUGUUUUGUUAACUUGUCAUCUGUAGGCCUGAAUAUAAUUAAAUGAAGUAAACCAAGUUUGUAGGCUUUCUAAUUCAAUUUAAAUGGUUUGGAAAUUGAGUGGAUGGGAAGAAAUCCACGUAAUUUUUUUAGUUUUUCAGCAUUUUUGUUAUUACUCUGUACCUGACGUUAGAUUUUAGGUUGACAGCAGUAUUCAUUUUCUAAAGUUACAUUGAACACAUAAAACUGAGUUUUAGUCUCACAUAUCAAGUCAACUUCAUCAAGUUGAUAAUUAUUCUGGACAUUUUAGUCUUAUGUCUAAUGCACAGUAGAAUAAUUGUACAGAAGCAACGGCGCAGGUGGCGAAUGCGACUGCUGGCGUAAUGGUUAAAGACUCGUGAAGCUCUCAUAAAAAAAAAACGCCAUGACUAUGUAGACAACAUGCGCACCUGACCGAAGCAACUCGGCUAACCAGAGACCAGGGAGCACCAGAAAGAAAUGACGACACCUGAGCUAAACCACAGCUGAAAGAUAUCCUCCCUAUCAUCAUUGUCAAAGUAACGACUUCAUCAUACUGCUCUCAAGUAUGUAACGUAAGGCUGAUACCACAUUCCAAGAAUGGGUAAUGGGUUAUAUUGACUGUCCUAUAAACACACACUCUUUAGAUUAAUGACUUAAAGUCACUCUGAGUUAGCCAUUUUGAAAGUAAUUAAUUUCUUGUAAAGUGUCCCGGACAUCCGGGCUGCCAUAACAUGUCUUGCCAAGAUGUCUUGUUGAACUCGUGGUGCGACAUUUGAUGCGCGGUCUCCUCUAGCGGAGGCUCUUGUUGACCUCCAGCCCGAACGUACUUCAUUUUAUAUGAUGAACCAACAUUAGCCAAGAACAAGAAGGCAAUGUUAAGCAAUGUUGCUGCGGUCAAGGAUUUGUUUUUGUUUUUUUCGCUUUUUUUGUUUGUUUGUUUUGUUUUUCAUUUCCUAGAGCACAGUUGUCUCUGGAACCACAAGUCAGAGAGCUACAAGAACCGACAGCUGCGAUGGAAAACCUUGGAACACCUGAGGAUCCUUCUGUCAGCUCACCCCCCACCUGUUCCUUUCACAGUGGAAGACAUUAAGAAUAAGUUCAAGAACCUCCGUACCACCUUUCAGCGUCAGUACAAAAUGGUAAAGGCAAGCAAGGUGUGCAGGUCGGAUGAUGUGUUCGUGCCGCAGUGGAAGUACUACCAGCAGCUGAUGUUCCUGCAGGGCUGCUGGGACCACGAUGACGGUGUUGAUGACCAACCGCUGUCGCCAUUGACUCUUCCACAGGAGGAGACCCAGUCUGUCCUUACAUCCCCAGGACUGAUCAUCUCCUUCCUACCCACCCCAUCCACCUCGUUCCCCUCCACCUCAUCCUCCUGUGUCCCUACCAACAUGAUGGUUAAAUGUUACUGGACUGAAGAGAGAGAGCGUGCCCUGAUAGCCUUCUACUCCGAGCAUAACUGUCUGUGGAACAAGAAGUCUGAAAACCACAACAACCGUCAGCUCAGACUGAGGCUUUUGGAGGCUCUGAGAGGCCAGCUGUCUGACCACUUAGUGUCUUUCUCAGUUGAAGACAUAAAGUGCAAGUUCAAGAACCUUCGGACAGUCUUUAACCGUGAAUAUAAGGCGGUCCAGGCCAGCAGGGCGUCUGACAAACUCUACGUGUCCAAAUGGAAACACUACAAGCAGCUGCUCUUCCUCUGCGAGUCCAGCGACGAAGACGACAACACAGACGACUUGCAGAUACUGAUGUCACAGGAAGACAAUGAUCUGGACCAUGGAAACCAAACACCCUCCUCCACCCUGAGCAGCUUCUCCUCCAGCUCCAUCCAAACCAAUAGCAUUAAGAUCAAUAACCCCUCUGCUCCCUCCAGCUCCAAUCAGAGCAACGCCAAAACCAACACCAGUGCUACAUACCAAAUGUUUCUCUCUGCGUCUCCAGAUAGUCUCAGACUACCAAGCCAAACAGCUCCUUCCACACUCCCAGCCUCUCCAACUACUUCACCACUGGACACCAAACCUUGUACAACCCCCUCCCCUCUAAAUUUCUCUGUAACUGGUCCAGUUCAGUCAGACAGCAGACUGAGCACAGACUCUCGCAGCCACUGGAGUGAGGCCAAAGUCCAGCAGCUCAUAUCAUUUUACUCUGAGCACAGCUGUCUGUGGAACCACAAGUCAGAGAGCUACAGGAACCGUCUGCUUAGACAGAGCCUGUUAGAGACGCUUAGCAGCCUCCUGUCUGACAAUGAGCCAUUACCAUUCACAGUGGAAGACAUAAAGACAAAGUUCAGGAACUUGCGAACCAUCUUCCAACGUGAGCACAAGGCGGUCAGCUCAAACAAAACAUGUGGUUCAGAAGACUUUUACCUUCCAAAGUGGAAACACUACAGUGAGCUGAUGUUCCUCUGUGACUCCUGUGAUGAGGACGAGCGACCUGAAGACCUUCAUUUCCAUGAACCGCAUGAGUCCAGCCUCCCCCACCUGGACAGCCAAGCCCCGCCCUCCUCCCUACACUACCACACUGCCAAUCCAACGGCUACCAAACUGAAUAUCAAACCGAGGAGCCUUGAAGCCCCACCUUCACCUACUCCCCCACAUUCCCAGCAAUCCUCUCCCUCUUCCUCCCCAUCCCCCUCCACAUCCUCCUCUCGUACUGACAGCCGAGUUUCGGGACGCAAACGAGCGAGCCGCAGGGUGCCACCCACUACCAGCGAGAUGCUGGAUUUCAUGCGGACGUUCUGUCAUAGUCAAUUGGUGUCACCGCAUGCUGGGUUCCUGAAAUACGUGGAAGAGUGUCUGAACGAGACGCCACCAGACAAAGUGAAAAAACUGAAGAAGAGGAUAAUUGAGACCAUCCACAGCGUGUCACAGGAAGUUUAGUGUUUCACUGUCAGAGGAGCUUAAGUCCGACAUAGAGUGAUUUUUUUU